AUGGCUUCUUUGAGCAUUCAAGCAGCCGCGCAGGCCCUGGGGUCGCUUUCCCUCUCCUCCCAUCAACUAUCGGCCUCAUCCAGCAGAGUGUCGCUUGGAGACUCACUUAGGGAGGCCACCUGCUGCUCAUUGCCUCAGCUUUCUUACUCACGCCCACACCCACUCAUCCUCCCUCACCUCGUCACCCCCCACUCCCCCUCCCCACCGCUCCUCCCCCGUCUCCCCCUUCCCCUUUCCCCCUGCCAUUUCCGUCCUCUUCUCCCAUCCUUCACCGCAGCUGCUACCCGGCCAUCUGCUGUCGUCGCCGCGGCCAGGUGUCCCGCCGUGGUGGCCGCCGCCGCCGUCACUCCCACCGUGGCUGCCGCCGCCGGCAAGGACAAGCCGAAGAAGAAGGUGGACUCCGCCGUGAAGCGCGCCAAGCAGGCGGAGGUGCGGCGGGUGUACAACAAGUCGCGGAAGACGGAGAUGAGCACGCGCAUGAAGAAGGCGUUCCUGGCUCUGGAGGAGCUGCGCAAGAGUGCAUCCCCAUCGGAGGAGCAGCUGGUGGCGGCAGAGAAGCUCAUCUCGGAGGCCUUCUCCAUCAUCGACCGAUCGGUGAAGGUCAACGCCAUUCACCAGAACAAGGGCGCGCGCCGCAAGGCUCGGCUCUCCCGGGCCAAGCGUGCCACGCUGGUUUCUCUUGGCUGGUACACUCAGCCUGUUGUUGCGACUGCUUAG